AGGAAAGAGAGAGGAGAGAGGAGAGAGAGAGAGAGGGAGGGAGCGAGAAAAACCGAAGGUUCACUGCUCUGCGCUUAUGGCGGGCGAAGCUGAUAUGGGCGCGCAAGAGAAGACACCUGCUACCGCCAAUUCGAUGCAGCGUGUUAAGGUCUAUCGCCUGAAUGAUGAUGGGAAAUGGGAUGACCAAGGAACUGGGCAUGUCACUGUUGAUUAUCUAGAGAGAUCUGAAGACCUGGGUUUAUUUGUUAUUGACGAGGAAGAUAAUGAGACAUUACUUUUGCAUCGGAUCAGUUCAGAUGAUAUAUACCGAAAGCAAGAAGAUACAAUAAUUUCUUGGAGAGAUCCAGAAUAUUCUACCGAGUUAGCUCUUAGCUUUCAAGAGACCACAGGCUGCUCUUACAUCUGGGAUCACAUUUGUAGCGUGCAAAGAAACCUGCAUUUUAAUACUCUCAACAAUGAGACAUUUCACAAUGUCAACAAUGAGUUGAGGGAGUUGCCCACAGUUGAGCUGUCCACACUUCCGCUGUUACUCAAGACUGUGAUUGAGAGUGGCAUUGCUGAUCAGAUGCGUCUGACAGAACUCAUAUUAAAUGAUCUAGAUUUUUUCCGAAAGCUGAUGGACCUAUUUCAUAUUUGUGAGGACUUGGAAAAUGUUGAGAGUCUUCACAUGAUAUUCAAAAUAGUCAAAGGGAUCAUUUUACUCAAUAGCCCGCCGAUCUUUGAUAAAAUAUUUGGGGAUGAAUUGAUGAUGGAUAUUAUCGGGUCCCUUGAGUAUGAUCCCGAGGUUCCUUGCGUUCAACAUCAUCGUAGUUUUCUCAAAGAGCACGUGGUUUUUAAGGAGGCUAUUCCAAUUAAAAAUCCCACAGUCCUCUCAAAAAUACACCAAACUUACAGAGUGGGUUAUUUGAAGGAUGUCAUUUUGCCUAGAGUGUUGGAUGAUGCCACAAUUUCAAAUCUCAAUUCCAUAAUCCAUGCAAAUUAUGCCAAUGUUGUCUCUUUGUUAAAGGAUGACAGCACUUUCAUUCAGGAAUUGUUUGCAAGGUUGAAAUCACCAACCACUUCUGCAGAAUCAAAGAAAAAUUUGGUUUAUUUCUUGCAUGAGUUUUGUAGCGUGAGUAAGAGCUUGCAGGUGGUCCAGCAGCACCGGCUGUUUAGGGAUCUCGUAAAUGAAGGCAUUUUUGACAUAAUAACUGAUGCUUUGAAGAGUCAAGACAAGCGGCUUGUAUUGACUGGGACAGACAUCCUCAUUCUUUUUAUGAAUCAAGAUCCUAACCUGCUGCGUUCUUACAUAAUUCGGCAAGAAGGAAUUCCACUACUUGGGCUUUUGGUUAAAGGUAUGAUAUUAGAUUUUGGGGAGGACAUGAAUUGCCAGUUUCUAGAAAUUAUUCGCAGUUUACUGGACUCGUACACACUGCCUCCAGGAUCGCAGAAUUUGCCGAGAGAUGCUAUUGUUGAAGUUUUUUACGAGAAGCAUUUGAGUCAGUUGAUUGAUGUUAUAAUAUCAUCAUGUCCUUUGGAAGGUGUUGCUCAAUCAGUCAGUGUAUCUGCUGGUUCUGGUGGAGUAGCUGCAGAUCAGAAUGGUGCCAAGCCUGAAAUAUUGUCCAACAUUUGUGAACUGCUUUGCUUCUGUGUUCUUCAUUACCCGUAUAGAAUAAAGUGCAACUUUCUCCUCAACAAUGUGAUAGAUAAAGUUCUGUUACUGACACGAAGGAGGGAGAAGUACCUAGUGGUUGCUGCCAUUCGAUUUGUUCGCACUAUUCUUUCCCAACAUGAUGAACAUCUGAUAAAUCAUAUUGUUAAGAACAACCUUCUGAAACCGGUUGUAGAGGCUUUUGUUGGUAAUGGGGACCGCUAUAAUCUGUUGAACUCUGCAGUGCUAGAACUUUUUGAGUAUAUCCGAAAGGAAAACCUGAAAUUAUUACUUAGAUAUCUAGUUGAUUCAUUUUGGAAUCAGUUGGUCAAAUUUGAGUAUUUGGUCACCAUUCAGUCUCUAAAAGUUAAAUAUGAGCAGUCCCUAGAAAAUGUUGGAGGAAAAGCCACAGUUAAUACAUUGGAGACUAGAAAAAGAAUUGAUGAACGUGCUCUUGAGAAAGAAGAGGAAGACUACUUCAAUGAGGACAGUGAUGAAGAAGAUGCAGCGUCCGCAUGCACGUCACAAUCCCAAAAAGUACAAGCUCAACCCAUUUUACCCAAUGGAGAUAAUGCAAGUCCUAGAUCUGGUGGACUGGUGGACUAUGCAGAUGAUGACGAUGAUGAUGAGGACUACAGACCACCACCAAGGAAGCAGCCAGAAACUUCUGAUGGAGAUGAAGGAUUAGUUGAGUCCCUUAGGCUGAAGCGGAAAACAGCUCCCAGGGAGGAGCCUGAACCGACAAAGAAGCAACGUGUGGGUAGAAAUGUGAAACCAAGGGAUAGUGUAUUUGCUGCCUUGUGUUCAACAUUAAGCCAGGCAGUACUACCUGGUAAGAAAACAAGCACCAUGCAUAUCAUUUCUCGCACUUCAGAUGGGACCAAAAGCUUAGAUGAUGAAAAUCAUCGGGGAGAGGAGCCUGCUGUUUUUAGUGGUUGUUCCGAUAACAGUGACUAUUCUGCUGAGGAUAACCAUAAAGAGAAUGAACCUGCUGCCUCUAGAAGCUGUUCUGAUUGCGCUCAUAAUUCUUCAGACAAUAGGCAGUUAGGUGGAGAGGACUGUCCAUUGAUACCACCAAAUUCCUCGCCAGAAAUGACCGUAAAUGGAUCCUAAUUUAUUCCUCAGAGUAGUAUUCAGCUCGGUUUGGUUCCUUGUUUUAUGCGACUUUUAUUUAUGCGCGUUGGGGCAUUCCGUCCUGAGUUACUGAAGGAACAAACACCAUACUGAAAAAGAGAGAAGGAUACAGUCCAGAAGAAAAGAGGGGAGGGGCCAAUUGUGGUGCAACUGUUUCCACUGCUAGCAUUGGGGUAGGAUACUGUACAGCGAGCAGUAUGGCAGCGAGAAGAUACUCUUCUAGGUCCAAUCUCCUCCAUUUUUCUCCCAAUGUUUUGACCUGGGUAAUUGUUGCUGUAAUACACAUUGAUCAGCACCCAUUUUCAUCUUUAGUCUCUCUUUGCUUCAGAAAUCGCCCUUGCCCCCAUUUCCCACCAUCUUUCCUCUUUGCCUUCUUUUGCCUAAUUGGUCUCUUUAAAGCCAAAUCAACAUUAUUAUAGAAGAAGGGGCACCCAACAUAUGCCCUGCACAGUUUCCUCUGUUUUAUUAGUUCAAUUUUGUGGUAGGUGGUGUGGUGGUGAUAGAGAGGAGGGAAGGAAGGUUAGUGAGAGAAGUUGGCGGGAGGCCACAAUUUAUUUUAAAUGUAGUGCUGGUAGUAUGCAUUUAUAGACUUUUGUAAAUUAAACUUUGAACAUAAUGUUGUGCUAUAUGGCCCCUUCCUCCUUCCCACAAAAAAAAAAAAACAAAAAAAAACAUUUAUAUUGUUAUAUUACCAACAUUGGAAUGCUUUUCUUCCUUCGCAAAUUUAAGGUGUAUUUUUGCCUUUUGAUUC